AUGUCUGCCAACCCUGCCGCACCGACCGACGAGCCAUCCUCUCACCCGUCGAACCGACUCUCCCGUUCGCCUGAUGAGGAUGCUGGAAAGGCGACACCAGCGCAGAACGGCUCGCGAGGACUCUUCAUGACCGCUCCGAGGUCGCUCAGCUCCCUUCCGACCGGAAUCCUCCAGCACAUCUUCACCCAACUGCACCAGAGCCUAAGGAGUCGCGUUCUCGGACCACUAGAGGAUUGCGCGGAUCGUUGCGAUACAUCCUUCUCGACAAGCGGAUCUUCAACAUCGCGCUGCCCUUCUGGACGAGCCGAUUUACCCUCUUGGCCGACCCUACCAGUCCAAUUGCCCGACGUGUGCAAGAUCCUAUACUAG